AACAGUUUAAACGCUGAUUUAAACAGCUAAUGUUUCAGGAAGUAAAAGAUGUCUUCCAUAGACGUAUGGAUAAUAUUCCUAGUCCUGGUGAAAACUACCAGGUGUUCUGAAAUUGUUAAGUUAAUACAAGCGAACAACACAGGAGUAGUACAAUUGAACCACAAUGGAUCAUGGGUGAUAUUAUGUCAAGGUCAAUCGGAAAAUAAAGAGUCAAAGGUUAUAUGUCACGAAUUAGGACAUGCUGAUGGUUUGGUUCUUCCAAUUGGUUCCUAUGGAGAAGUAAGUGGUGAUUAUUUCAAUGGUUAUAUUAAAUGUGACGAAGGAGAAGUGAUUGGCAACUGUUCAUUGAUAGAGACUGUCAGUUGUAAAGGAGAAUAUUUAGCUGUAUCUUGUUACGACUCUGUUGUGAACGGAACAAUCCUGAGUCUAAACAACAGUUUAUCAUAUGGUCAAUUAAAUUGGUUUGAAGAUAAAUUCCAAGCUACAGGACAAAUUUGUGCCUCAUCCUGGGGAAACACGGAGGCUGAGGUUGCCUGUCAUCAGCUUGGUUAUAGAGGUGGACUAUCAACAAUAUACCCAAAGUCAAAUAAGUUACCUUUCCUUGUUAACUCAAUAAACUGCACAGGUCAAGAACAAAACUUAGAGGACUGCAUCAGAACAGAAGAUUUGUGUGAAUCAGGAUAUAGUGCUGGACUCAUUUGUUUUAAUACAUCAGGUUUCAAUGUCAGUAUAAGUGAUGGAGGAGUUGAUUUUGGCAGAGUUAACAUUGAAGUUGAUGGUAAAAUAGGAACCAUAUGUAAUAAGGGAUGGUCAACAAGAGAUGCUGAGGUUAUCUGUAGAUAUAUUGGUUUUGUUGCCGGCAGGAAAUGGAGUGGACCUGUUCUACCAGGCAACGGAACAGUUUAUAUGUCAGGCCUACAGUGUACAGGGAAGGAAACAUUGAUCACAGAUUGUCCAAGUUCAGGCUGGAGAAAAAUUGUUGAUGAAGACUGUCUUGACCACAGUCAUGAUGCAGGAGUCUUGUGUUAUGGAAGUGUGCGCCUAUCAGGGGGAGAAACAAAUGACAAUAUUACAAUGGGAAGAGUAGAGGUUUAUCAAGGAAGACAAUGGACAAAUUUAUGUACUUCUAAAUUUGACCAAGAAGAUGCAGCUGUUGUCUGUAGACAACUUGGAUAUGCCAGAGCUAGAGUUUUAUCAUCUGGAAUAUUUGGACGAUCACCAUACUCAGGCUUCACAACAGAUAUAAGUUGCCAUGGGAAUGAGACUGAUAUUUUAGACUGUCCCCAUACAAUUGGAAAAUGCAAAUAUUCAGAAUAUGCUAGUGUUGUAUGCAUCAGACAAAAUGUUACUGAUGAUUUCCAGAUAUACAUAGAUAAUUUGGACAGUGGGGAAGUGAGGGUAUUACAGUAUGGAAUUCGGGGAACAGUGUGCCAGGAUGGCUGGGAUGAUAAUGAUGCCAAAGUUAUCUGUCAUCAAAAUGGUUAUUUGAAUGGACAGAUAUUUGGAACAUUGAAGCUCCUUUCACAGAUUGAUCCUAUCUGGCUGACAAAAGUUGAAUGUUCGGGAAAUGAAGCAUCAAUAUAUGAUUGUAGCUUUUCAAUGAAUCUAACAACACAGUGUUCCUCUAAUUUACAACCAGCUGGUGUUAUUUGUUACAAUGGGACUGGUAUGGAUGUCAGACUAGUUGGAGGGAAUUCACCUUCUGAAGGUCGAGUGGAAGUAGCAAGAGAUGGAGUAUGGGGGACAAUCUGUGACAACAAAUGGUCUCAGUAUGAUGCUAAUGUAGUUUGUCAGCAGCUUGGUUUGGGUAAGGGUUCAAUACACAUUUCAUCUUACCAUGGCCAAGGUAAUGGAUCUGUAUUAAUGGAUGGUCUACAGUGUGAUGGUACGGAAUCAGAUAUAUUUGAUUGUCCAAACUUAGGAUGGGGAGUUUCUGCUUCAUCCUGUAAAGAUCACAGUAAAGAUGCUGGUGUCUCCUGCCUGCCAUUGGUAACUGAAACUACAAGUGUUAUAAGUAGUCCUGAACCAGAAAGUUUAAGUUCAACACUUGCCAUUUCAACAGAAAGUUCAACCCUAUCUCCUGAACCAGAAACUUUAAGUUCAACUCUUACUCCUGAACAAGAAGAUUUAAGUACAACAACUGACAUUUCAAGUUCAACUGAACCAGAAAGUUUAAGUUCAACAUUUGCCAUUUCAACAGAAAGUUCAACUCUUACUCCUGAACAAGAAGAUAUAAGUACAACAACUGACAUUUCAAGUUCAACUCAACCAGAAAGUUUAAGUUCAAUAUUUGCCAUUUCAACAGAAAGUUCAACUCUUACUCCUGAACAAGAAGAUAUAAGUACAACAACUGACAUUUCAAGUUCAACUGAACCAGAAAGUUUAAGUUCAAUAUUUGCCAUUUCAACAGAAAGUUCAACUCUUUCUACUGAACUAGAAAGUUUAAACUCAACAAUUGCCAUUUCAACUAUAAGUUCAACAACUGUCAUUUCAUCUGUAAGUUCGACUCUUACCACUGAACCAGAAGGUUUAGGUUCAACAACUGAAAUUUCAACAGAAAGUUCAACUCUUUCCACUGAACUAGAAAGUUUAAGUUCAACAAUUGCCAUUUCAUCUGUAAUUUCAACUCUUACUCUUGAUCAAGAAGAUUUAAGUACAACAACUGACAUUUCAAUUUCAACUGAACCAGAAAGUUUAAGUUCAACAUUUGCCAUUUCAACAGAAAGUUCAACACUUUAUACUGAACCAGAGAGUUUAAGUUCAACAAUUACCAUUUCAACAGAAAGUUCAACUCUUACCACUGAACCAGAAAGUUUAAGUUCAACCAUUUCAUCUGUAAGUUCAACUCUUACUACUGAACCAGAAAGUUUAAGUUCAACAACUGAAAUUUCAACAGAAAGUUUAACUCUUACUCCUGAACCAGAUCGUUUAAGUUCAACAGAAGUUUCAAUAGAAAGUUCAACUUCUGAACUGAAAAGUUUAUAUUCAUCAACUGACAUUUCAACAGGAAGUUCUACAAUGAUAAUUGGUAGUCAAUCAAAGGAAAAUAAAAACAUUACAUGGGUAUGGAUAGUGGUAACAGUGUUGUGCUUUAUAGUAGUGGUCAUUUUAAUUAUUGUCCUUAUUAAAUGCAGACAAGGUUUCAGAAAAAGGAAAUGGCAAAGAAAUUCAUUUAGUCAACAUUCAUUUAGCAAUGCUAAUAUUAUCAGACAGUUAAGUGAUGGAUCAGUCCAUGCUGAAAAUCCCUUAUCAUUACAUGUACUAGAAAUACAGAGGCCAUCUCAGGAAAAUCAGGACCUGAGAUCAAGUGGUAUAUCAGAUCCAAGAUAUGCCAGCAUCAAAGAUAAUGUAAAUCCUAUUAGUCAUGAUGGAUAUAUGGUACCGGUUUCAAAAGAGAAUCGAAAUCAGCCAGAAAGUAGCCAUGUAAAUGAUAAAAAUAAAGUUAAAAAGAAUGAAAUUAAUAGGAAUGCAAUCCCAAACUGUGAGAGAUGUAAUACAGUUGAUAGACACUAUUAUUCAACUGUUGCUUUUGAAGGAUCAGACAGAAAAAAUAUGGGACACGUCACAGGAACAGUGAUGGACAAAAAAUAUGUUUGUCCUGGUUGUAUUAUUAAUGGAGAUGCCACUUUUAAUGAUUCUGCAAGAACUUAUGUAUCUUUAUUUGACUCACAAACUCAGAGGAAAAAUAUAGAUGAAGACCAAUCAAGAGACAAUGAAAGUACUGUCAUAAAUGGUGUUUGCCCUGGCAGUUUUAUUAAUGGAGAUAAAAGUUUGAAUGAUUCUACAAGAACUUAUUUAUCUUUAGUUGACUCACAAACUCAGAGGAAAAAUAUAGAUGAAGACCAAUCAAGAGACAAUGAAAGUACUGUCAUAAAUGGUGUUUGCCCUGGCAGUUUUAUUAAUGGAGAUAAAAGUUUGAAUGAUUCUACAAGAACUUAUUUAUCUUUAGUUGACUCACAAACUCAGAGGAAAAAUAUAGAUGAAGACCAAUCAAGAGACAAUGAAAGUACUGUCAUAAAUGGUGUUUGCCCUGGCAGUUUUAUUAAUGGAGAUAAAAGUUUGAAUGAUUCUACAAGAACUUAUUUAUCUUUAGUUGACUCACAAACUCAGAGGAAAAAUAUAGAUGAAGACCAAUCAAGAGACAAUGAAAGUACUGUCAUAAAUGGUGUUUGCCCUGGCAGUUUUAUUAAUGGAGAUAACAAUGAUUUUAUACAAAGUCCAAACAAUUUUAAAACAAAAACAAGGGGUGAAGAAGAUUCAAUCAACAAAUCAAGUGAUUUUCAAACAAGUUCAAACAAUUUUAAAACAAGAACAAGGGGUGUAGAAGAUUCAAUCGUCAAAUCAAGUGAUUUUCUAUCUUCAAGAUCAAACACUUUCAAAAACAAAAGAAAUAAUUUGAGAGAUUCAGUCAAAUCAACUUUAUCCUAUCAAGAAGAAAUUGAUAUUCCAAAUGAAAUGCCAGAAAUGACAACAGAACUAUGA